UUUUUUUUUUUUCCCUCUCCCUAAGUCCACUCCAGUCUCGCAACAGCAGCAACCGUACCCCUUUUCCUCGUAAUUUUUUGCAUUUUCACAUUCAAUCCUACGAAAAUUAAGGAUCCCUUGAAGUGGGUUGAGGUCCUGAGUUGCAAUGAGCAAGGAGAAUUCAACCCAAAAGGCUGCACUUCCAAAAUUGGUGAAGUUAGAUAAGGCGUUUAAGCUAGCCGAACAAUGGGUUAAUAAUAUGACCAAAUCCACAGAUGAAUCAGCUGAAGUAGAAUUAGAGGGUCGACCUGCUAGGCUGGGACUAGGUUCAACAGUACCACGCCAGUCCAAAAUUGGGCAUUCAAAUGACCCCGUUGAAAGGAAAUUGCUGGCUAAAUUGAAUAUUGGAAGAAUAAAUGCGUCCAAAAAGACUCUGGAAUCUACCCCAUCUGCAAGAGAUGGAUGUGGUGAUAGUGAUGAUGACGAGGAUGACUUGGAUAGCAGAACCAAUGCAUUUGCCAAGAAGAGGCCGGUGCCUUUGACCUCAUCUUUACAGGUAAAGAAGAAGAAGAAGAAGUAACCGUUCCUUGCCAAAAUGAAAGCUUUUAAGUGCUUUUAUUACUUUUUUGACACAGGUUGAUGAAUUUCAUUUAUUUCAUUAAAUCUUCAUAUUGUCCCUUAGUUUCCUUGUACCCAUUUUGGGAAGUGGCUAUUACCUACAACACCUCCCUUCGGACACAGGUACUGUAAUGUUAUUGUACAUUGUUAAAAUGGAAAAUGUAUAUUAGGGCUCUUUCCUUUUGCUCUAUACAACUAAUUUAUAUGUUUGUGAGCUCAAUGAGCUUUUUAGCUUUA